AUGGUGGCCAUUGAUCAUUACGAGUUUCUCUGCGAAGAGGAGAAGCGACUAAAGGAGGAUCGUGAGCGUGUGAAAUAUUGGAAAAGAUGGGGCCCGUAUGUUGCAGAGCGGCAGUGGGCCACAGUGCGUGAGGACUACUCUGCGGAUGGAGAUGCCUGGAAUUACUUCACUUAUGAUGAUGCUAGAUCUCGAGUUUUCCGUUGGGGGGAAGAUGGGAUUGCUGGAGUAUCGGAUAGCCACGGCUUGCAGAAUAUAUCCUUUGCAUUUUGGAAUGAGAAAGAUGAUUUCCUGAAAGAGAGACUGUUUGGUCUCUCUAAUCCCCAAGGAAACCAUGGCGAAAGUAUCAAGGAAGUACAUUUUCAUUUGGAUAAUACGCCAACGCAUUCCUACAUGAAAUAUUUAUACAAAUAUCCGCAAAGGAAAUUUCCAUAUGAGGACCUCGUGGAAGAAAAUGCGAAGCGUGGGAAGGAGGAUAGGGAGUACCAGAUUCUUGACACUGGCAUUUUCGACGAAGACAGGUAUUGGGAUAUAUUCAUUGAAACAGCAAAAGAGGAUGAAGAUGAAUUGCUUUUUCGUGUUAUUGCCUACAAUCGAGGACCAGAACCCGCGCCGUUACACAUCAUCCCGCAUGUCUGGUUUAGGAAUACGUGGAAAUGGGGACGCGAAAAUGACGUGUGGAAGCCAUCAAUACAACAAAUUGACCGAUUAACUGCCCAGUCACACCAUUCGAAACUUGGAACUCGAUAUAUCCAACUAUCGCCUUCGCCCUCUCCCAGUUCCACGGAAGAUAACAUUGAACCCCGUCUCUUAUUUACGGAGAACGAAUCUAAUACCAAAUUGUUAUACGGCGAGGAAAAUUGUACUCCAUACGUCAAGGACGCUUUCCAUAGGUAUAUUGUGGACGAGGAAAAAGACGCCAUAAAUCCAAGCUGUCGGGGUACUAAGUUUGCUGCUUGGUACGCUUUCGACGAAGGGGAUGGCGUUCCUCCUGGGGAAUGUGCAGUUGUGCGAUUCCGUUUAUCCAAAAAGAAUGACACAUAUGUAGAUGAGGAGGCCUUGGAUAUUAUCAUUGAAAGACGCAUUGCAGAAGCUGACGAUUUUUACUACCGUGUCAGCCCAUUACCUAUGUCUGAUGAUUUGCGGAAUAUUCAGAGACAGGCUUUUUCGGGCAUGAUGUGGACAAAACAGUGUUAUCAAUUUAUCUGGGACCAAUGGGCGGAGGGAGACCCUGGGCUCCCGCCACCUCCACCGGAAAGAAAAACAGGUCGUAACCAACAUUGGAAGCAUCUGCAUAUCGACGAUGUUUUGUCCAUGCCAGACUCAUGGGAAUACCCUUUCUUUGCUGCGUGGGAUACUGCAUUCCAUUGUAUUCCGCUCGCAAUGGUGGAUCCUGAAUUUGCUAAGAAGCAGCUUGAUCUUCUCACCAGGGAAUGGUACAUGCACCCAAAUGGGCAAAUACCAGCCUACGAAUGGAAUUUCGGAGAUGUUAAUCCCCCGGUACACGCCUGGGCAGUUUUCCGAAUUUUCAAAAUUGAAAGGAAGAUGUAUGGACGGCAAGACUUAGACUUUCUUGAACGGGUGUUUCAAAAGCUGCUGUUGAAUUUUACCUGGUGGGUUAAUAGGAAAGACUUUGAAGGCAAGAACGUCUUCGAGGGUGGUUUCCUAGGUUUGGAUAAUAUUGGUCUUUUUAACAGAUCGGAGCCUUUGCCAACAGGAGGAGUUCUCGAGCAGGCUGACAGCACCGGCUGGAUGGCGUUUUACUGUUUGUCAAUGCUUAAUAUUGCAUUAGAAUUGGCAAAACAUAGAAGGAUAUACGAAGAUAUUGCGUCGAAAUUUUUCGAACAUUUUCUUUUAAUUAGUGAUGCAAUGACCUUCAGGACCGAGGUGGCAGAAUCCUCUUUAUGGAAUGAGGAAGAUGGGUUCUAUUAUGAUGCAAUUUCUUAUGGAGACCCAUGGAGUCAUCAACUCCCUGUCCGCUCUCUCGUGGGACUAAUCCCUCUCUAUGCUGUGCUCACCCUAGAGCCAGAACUUAUCAACAAUUUCCCCGAUUUCAAACGACGUCUGAAUUGGUUUAUUAAGAACAGACAUGACGUCGCCGAGCGCAAUAUAGCAAGUAUGGAACGUCGUGGUAAAGAUGACAGGCUCCUCCUAGCUCUAGUUAGCAAGGAGAGGCUGGAGAAGAUCCUUAGGAGGAUGCUUGAUGAGACCGAAUUUCUCGCUGACUACGGAAUACGCUCCAUGUCAAAAUAUCAUGCCGAACACCCAUAUUCCAUGGAAGUGAAUGGCCAGGAAUUUAAAGUUGGAUAUGUGACCGGCGAUUCUGACAGUGGAUUAUUCGGUGGCAAUAGCAACUGGAGAGGCCCAAUCUGGAUUUGCGUCAACUUUUUGUUGAUUGAGUCACUUCUCAGAUUUCAUAUGUUUUAUGGCGAUUCUUUUAAAGUUGAAUGCCCAACAGGUUCCGGAGACUACAUGCAUCUGGGGCACGUGGCUGAAGAACUCCAACAUCGCUUACAGCAUCUUUUUGCCAGAAAUGAUGAUAAUCGCAGAGCUAUCAAUGACGGAAACGAUAUCCUUGAUUUUGACCCACAUUGGAAGGACUAUCUCUGGUUCCAUGAGUUUUUUGACGCAGAUACCGGACGAGGCCUCGGGGCUUCUCACCAGUGUGGUUGGACAGGCCUCAUAGCGAAGAUGAUACAUGAUACAGGAGUAACCUGCCGCCUCCCCCACACUCCUCGAACCCCGACUACUGCCGCCUCUCACUACUUCGACGAUCUAUUAUCUCGCCAUGCAAAGCCUCGCAAUAGCAAAUCAUCAAUCUUCCGUUGCUCUUCAACUACCCGCUCCAUUGGGCGUCGGAGCAGUUUCACCAGCAACGUGACUUGUGAUGAGGCCGCAGACGAGCAACUGGCCGAGUCCAGCGAAGCAAUGUCACACGAGGAAAGUCCGACCCCUAGGAGUAUCGAGGUCGAGGAACAUGCUCUGAUAUAUCACCGAGACGAGGCUGGGCGUGCGGCGAGGAGAGAUUCCAUGACUGUUCAUGAGGACGAGUUUACAUCUGGUCCUAACACAUUAGACUGA